AGUAUCCUCGCGUCGGAUGCUGCGAGAUCCUGCCGUACUUUUCUGCUCCGCCGUGCUGCUGUCGCGUGCUCUGACACGAUCGUGAUUCGCAUUAGUCUCGUGGUCGGAGGAAUAUUUUUCAGGUUUUUAUGACAUGUCCGCAGGACGAUGUUUUAGAGGUUAAAUCGUGCAAGUGACUUUCGUGAUCGUGUUUAUGUAGUUUUUUGUGUGUUUUACUCGUGUGGUGAUUUGUUUAACAUAUGCAAUGUCCACCCAUAAGAUGAAAAGCUCAAAAUUCACUCAAGUCAACAGUCUAAAUGACAACGAAUACCGCGACUAUCAGAACAUCGUAACCAUACUGCCAGACGAUGGUAACCAGAACCCUCACUGCCACAACGUAAACAACUCGUCCGAGUUGCUUCUUAAAAGCAAUUACGAGACUUUCAAGACUCCUGAAGUGCUGCAGGACAUGCACCAGGAGAGCAACGCGAACAGCUACCAUGGUCAGGAAAUCGAGAUGAUGUGCAACUGCGUGAGCAAAGAAAUGCUUUACCAGCCGAAAACUCGUUUCGUCGAACAGUGUAACAGUGACACCGCGACUUUAAAUCGUUCAUACGCUUCGCUACCAAAACUGGAAACCACGAAUCUCAGUCAGUUUAGUUUAGAUAGGAAAAGUGCAAAGUAUCAAAGACAGAAACAUGCGUACGUUUGCGAGCAAAAUCGCAUAAUUAGAGAGAUGGAGAAGACUGCUUCGUUAAGGAAAAUGCAGUCGCCCGAAAUUAUCAACAUUCAUCGCGGACCAAGUAAUAUUUAUUACAGUGGGUACGAUCCGAACAAUUGUGCCAAGGACGAUUAUGGGUUUAGAAGGGGACAUAGUUUUAGAGGACCCGGGUCUAGAUCAAAUACUCUUCAAUCUAACCGAAGAGCUGCAGGAGAUGGCAUGGACGCCGAAAUGGAUGAUCCUGAAAUUAUAUUCGAAAUGACCGAUCACAUGGGGGACUGCCAGUGCGCAUGCGACCACGUGGUAUACGCUCCCAACUACACAACAUGCUUACAGAAACCGCACUAG